AUGGGAGAUGCAGAGAGGGACCAAUCUGGAGGUGCCUGGUCUCGCGUUCCAGUUUGGGACGGAUCGCCACAGACGUGGCGAGCUUUCCAGAGAGAAAUGAAAUGGUGGACUAGCAGCCUGGACUUAGAAGGAACGAAGAAAUACAACCUUGCUGCACGUUGGUUGUUGAGGCAGUCAGGCGUAGUUCGCCAAAGAGGUGAAGAGUUCAAUCCAGAUGAACUUGAAUACCAGAAGGAGGUCAAAGGUCAAGAUCCACAGACAGGUGACGAAGUUGUCAUUACGCCUGAGGACCCGCUGAGUGGCUUGACAAAGUUGCUGAAAGCGUUAGAGGGCAUCAAUGGCAAAACAACACUUGACAAACGUGGAGAGCUGAGAAAUUUGUUUUACUUGGAGUUGAAAAGAAAACCAGGUGAACGCAUAGCUGAGUUUUGCUCCAGGUUUAGAGUUUCUCUUGCAGACCUCAGAACGGAGGGAGUGACCUUGCCUUCCGGUGAAGUUGGAUGGUUUUUCAAGACAAAGCUUGGUCUUGACCCACUGCGAGUGCAACUCCUGGAAACAGCCUUGCAAGGAUCCGUUGGUGCGCAAGUCUUUUGGAGACAGCAACAACAAGGGUGGUUCCUUGAUGCAGAGGUUUUUGACUUCACAGCCAUGGUUUCUGAAGCAGAGGACCCUGAACCCGAUGAUGAAGCAGAGCUGUUGGAGGAUGAGAAUGAAGCUGAGCCGAACUUGGAGGAUAUGCUGAAAAGUGAAGCCGAAGCACUUGCGGCUGAGUUAGAUGACGCUGCAGACAAUGGCGUCGAUGCUUCAACCCUGCAGGAGAUUGAGGAAUCAGUUGAAACUGCAGCUGAGGCGCUCCUGACGAUGAAGGAGGCUCGAACAAAGUUGCAGGAAGUGAAACGUGAUCGAGGCUACAUGAAACCUUCUGAUGGUGCCUCGAAAACAAACCCAAAGAAGACUGCCAAGAACCCUUGUUUCGACUGUGGCCUUCCUGGACACUGGGCUGGCGAUCCUGAAUGUGGAAAACCUGGACAAGGCCUGGCGAGAAAAUCUUCGCUGAAGAAACCCAGCGGCCGACAUGUCAAGGUGGUUGAGACCUUGAACACUGAACAUGUGGAUGAUGUUAAAGGUGAAAGCCAUGAGGUGCUCACCGUGUCGGCACAGCCUUUGUCCCAGUCCUUUGUAGCUGCACUUGAAGAUGCCCACUCCGUGACAAAAGAAGCGCUGAUUGCACAGCUGGCAGAAGACAAACGUCUUGUUGGAGCUUUGGAUUCGGCAUGCAACAGGACAUGUGCUGGACCGGAUUGGUUGAAAGGGUAUCUUCAUGGACUUCAAUCUGCACCAGAAAGCAUUAGGAGCUUAGUGACCUCAAAGCCUGAGCAUGAAACCUUUCGUUUUGGAAAUGGCGGCACCAAGGUGUCGGACAUGCGAUGGAGAUUGCCAACAGUGAUAGGAGGGAGGCUGUUUUGCUUUUGGUGUUCGGUGGUGCCAGUUCCAUCCCUUGGUCUUCUACUUGGCCGUGAUUUUUUGGAAAGUAUUGGAGCUGAUCUGUCCUUUUCACGCCGUGAACUUUGCUGUGAACGUUUGGGGGCUGAGAAGAUUCAACUGAAACAGCUGGCUGCAGGACAUUACCUACUGCCUUUGAUUCCUGCUGCAUGGCCAGGUGUGGGCUCUCAGCGUUGGCGUAGGAUUGGACAAGAUGGCAUCAUUGAGUUGCAGAUGUCGUGGCGCAGAAUGUUCCUCAAGCUGAACGAGCGCAUGCUGUGGGCCGCAAGAGGCGUCCUGCUCUGGCUUUUACAAAGGCCUUUCUUGCGCUUUCUGCCCUUUCCAUACCCCUCGACGUCAUCAACAGACAAAUGGUUGGAGCAAGCGCGCAAGCAGGUUUCAGCCGGGGUGAUCUCAAAGCGCCAUUUCAAGUUGGCGGUCGCCAUGAAGCAGUUCACAAUGGCCAAUCUGGGAGAAUUCAUACGCCUGAGAGGACGCAUUGGCCUCAAAUUGGCGUUCUGCGAGGAUCCGACGGUGGAGGGCAUGUUGCAAGCUCUUCCAAUGAAAGGCAUGGCCAACAAGAUCCGAAAGGCCGUUCAAGCAGAAGCUGUGGCCGCAGCCAAGCAGCUUGCCAGCGACAACAAGCGAGAAGCAGAGGCCCGGACCUUGAUUGGACCGAAGGGCGGACUUCCUUCACUACGAGGGGACUUGGUGAGACUUGCAGCCCUUCUCCAAGUAACUCUUGGAGACAAGGACACCAUCGAGGUGAUCAAAGAAAAGGUGAAGCCAAUGGUGGCCAUCCUCAAAGAGAAGCCUGUGCAGCCGACCGCUGCAAAGUCAACAGCCAAAGCCAAAGCUGCCAAGCCGAAAAGCCAUCCCAAAGAUGCGAGCGCUUCGUCAAUGUCUUCAGAGGUGCGCCCACUGUCAGUUCUUCAAGAUCAGGUGGCAAGCUUGACAGCACAGUUGGAAGCAAUGAAAGCCUUGCUGCCGGAACAGCACCAAGUGCCGGUGGUGGAUCUCAUGGAGGUGGACGCGAAAUCGGAAGUGGAGUCGAUGACUUCCGGGGAUUACAAGCAAGUUCAAGAAGCGAUGCUGGAGGAUUGCUACGGGGACGCCCUGAGAGCACAAUACGGGGACGUCGACCUGGUGGAUCUGACACAGGCUCAGAUGAUUGCACAAGCCUGGCAGAAGCAUGAAGUUGAUCGUUUGAAAACCUCCUGGGGCCCAGCCAAGAUCCGUGAGACUUUGGUUGCUGACUAUGAGAAUGAUUUCUGGCAUGCAUUGACGGAAGAGACCUUCAUCCAACCCAUGGUCUUUGAUUUUGAGUCCUUUGCGGUUUCUGACGCCAAUGCAGUUGAAAAGAAUUCCAAGACUUCAAAGAAUGCCAAGAUUUCUGAGUAUAAGCAGUUUUCCAAGAAUGCCAAAGUCCCACCGAAUGUCAAAGUUCCUGCGAAUGACCUGGCCACAAAGAAUGUCAACCGUUCUGAGCCCUGUGCAGGCUCGUCGAAGGUCAAGCCGUUUGUGACAGAGGUCUACACGAGUGCUGAGAACGUCAUGAAAGAGGCCAGAAAACGUGGACACAAUGUGGGGCAAUCUAUGUCCUUGGAAACUGGUUGGAACUUCUUGGAUGCCAAUGACAGGUUCAAAGCUUACAACAAGAUCAGAGAUGAAAAGCCUUUUUGCGUGGUUUUAGCAUUUCCUUGCAAUGGUUUCAGCCCUCUUCAACGUUUGAAUGGACUUCAUCCCGAAAGAAAAGCAGAAAGAAGGGCGAUUGGUCGUGAACUCAUGAAGUUUGCCUUGGAAAUAGCUGAACUGCAAAUCGGAGAAGGUCGUCAUGUCAUCUUGGAAAACCCUCGAGGCAGUGAAGCUUGGAAUGAACCUGAGAUGCUGAGUUUUCUUGAGGAGAAUGAGCUCUACGCCGCUAUCUUUGACCAAUGCCGUUUUGGCCUCAAAAGCCUUUCUGGUUGGUUGCACAAGAAGCCAACGAGAGUGGUGAGCUCAAGUUCAGAUGUUGCUGCGGAACUGGAUGGAGUGACUUGCAUGCGCAACCACCUUCAUGCGCCAGUUCUGGGCGGCUCUCAUGUGACAGCCCGUGCGGGCAUCUACCCGAAGCCUUUGGCACGCGCCAUGGUUAGGGGCCUUGAGAAGCAGUUUGAACGAGAGUUUGCUCCUCGUGAAGCUCUUGUUGCCGAAAUUGGAGAGGAUGUUGAGGAGGAGGAAUUGGCUUUUGAAGGCGGUGGAUUGGUGAUGCCUCAAGAUGAUGGCAGUGAUGUGGAGGACGAAGCGGAUUCAAAAGGAACUGCAAUUCCUGUUUCUUCUGGCAUGCGUGCAACAAUCCUUCGACUUCACCAAAACACUGGCCACAGAUCGGGCAAAAGGUUAGCUCGAGCCCUAGCCAUAGCGGGUGCACCUGCAGAAGCAAUUCAGGCGGCAAAGCAACUACAAUGCUCAGUAUGCCAAGAGCGGCAACCACCUCGUGCACGUCGCCCUGCUUCUCUUCCUAUGCCUCGUGACAUGGGUGACCAAAUCCAUGUGGACUUGCUGGAAGUUUUUGACACCAGCGAGAAGAAGUACGUAGUGGCCCAUGCAACUGAUGCCGCUACACGGUUUCAGGUGGCUGAGAUUUUGCCAGACAAGUCAACCAAGUCUGUGGUGCGCUUCCUUUCUACCAGAUGGAUUGCAACAUUUGGCCCUCCGAGAGUGAUGGUCGUGGACCAAGGCAGAGAAUUUGUGUCUUGGGAAAUGGAGGAAUAUGCUGGAAGCCAAUCAAUUCUUUUGCACCACAUCGCCGUUCAGGACAUGCAGGUAGCCUUGGCCGAGGCUACAUCAGCUUACAAUGGCGACAUCAAUGAAUUGGGUGCCUCCCCUUUUCAGGCAGCCAUUGGACGUCAGCCACGAAUGGUUGGUGACGUGUUGGGUGGCAUUCAAACCAGGCUUGCGGAGCAUGGACUCAUAGGCUCCAAGCCUUCGCUGGCUAGACAGUUGGCCAUGCGAGAAGUUGCCAAAAUAGGAAUGACCCGCCUUCACUUCAGCCGAAGUUUGCGGAAGGCAGAGCUAGCACGAUCGCGAAACCCAACCAUUGAGCAGCUUCCAGAGCCUGGCACAAUCUGCUACUUCUACAGGCCUUUGAAGUACAACAACAAGACAGCGCCGUCCAAGAAGAAGCUCACUCUGAAACGUUGGCAUGGCCCUGCACUUCUUUUGGCCAUUGAAGGCAGAAGCUCUGGAUACUUGAGCUACAAGGGGCAAUUGACCAAAUGCGCCCUGGAGCACAUUCGUGCAGCCAGCACGAUGGAACAGAUAGCUGCAGAUUCAUGGCGUGAAGCCAUCGAAGAAGCUGUUGAGGCUGCCACCUUGGACUUGUCGGCCCGUGGACUUCCUUUGGCCGAUGGUGGCGAUGGAACUGCUGUUCAACAACCAGCUGCUGUGAUGCCAAUGCCUGGCACUCCUGCCUUCUUGCCCUCAUCUUCAGCAGCUGCAGUUCCAGAACAAGCAAUGCCGGUUGGCGAUGACUUGCCUCCGGUAGCGACGUUUGAACGAGCCACCACAGAUGGACUUUCAAGUGGACUCGGCGAUGGACUUCGAAAACGAGCCUCAAGCUUUGCAAGCCAGUUGCAGGGCGUCAUGGAACAGGCACAACGUCAACGUUUGGCAGAUCCUACAGGAACCAAACGAGCUGCAGACACAUCACUGGAAAGAUUGAAGGCUGAAUCCUCUGAGCCUCCUGAUCCUCAACCUGAUGAACCUCCAGUGAUCACAGCAACUUCAUCUACUGAGCCUGUUGCAGAAGCAUUGCAGACCACGAGAGAAGAUGUUUUGUCCAGUUUGGGCGAUCCUCCACUACACCCAUUGCAACACAUCUACAAUGCUGCCUGUGAAGACAGACUCAACCCUACUGAAGUGCGUGUGAAAGAUCAUGGUUCUUGGGAUGGCAGAUGGCCGUUACCCUCAAGAACGGAAUGGCAUGUUCACCAACGGCUUGGACUUCCUUGGCCUUGUGGGCAUGAUGAUCUGGUUGAAAAUGAUGUGAUGGCAGUUCAAGCCAAUCGCAAAGAAUUUCACUGGCGCUCCAUGAGUGAUGCUGAAAAGGCUGAGUUCAAGAUUGCAGCCGAACAAGCUUGGAGUGUUUGGAAGGAGAAUGAUGCGGUUGAAGAACUAUCUCCUGAAGAAUCUCAACGAGUGCGUAAGAGACUGAAGAGAGAAGGCCUUCGCACUGAGCAGAACAAGUUGCCUCUCCGUGCACGAGCGCGCAUUGUUGUUCCUGGUUUCAAGGACAUCUUUUCAUUUGGACUUCGAAAGGAUGCUCCUACAUGUUCAAGACUGGCCCAACAUUUCCUCUUGACCUUGACGGCAUGUUUCAAUGUAAUGGCUGUUGGAGCUGACCUUGCCUGGACUUUGCUUUCAGCCGACAUCAAGUCAGCCUUCAUGAAAGGAGAUGCCUACAUGGAUGGGACCAGAGAGCUGUUCAUGGAGAACAUCCGAGGAGCCCUUGAUGAGCCUCGCCUGCCUUUUCCUGGACUUGCCAGGAUACGCAAAGGAGUUUUUGGUUUGAGUGAUGCGCCGAGACGUUGGUAUUUGAGGUUGAACAAGUCCCUGAUUCAGCAGGGAUGGCAAAGAACUACACUGGACUACGCCUGUUGGGUUCUGUGGUCGCCAUGUGGAACAAGGUUGGAUGGUGUCCUCAUCUCACAUGUGGAUGAUUUGCUUUUGGGCGGAAACCGCCGAGCUGUCGCCAAACUUCAAGAGCUUGGACGAGAGUUGGGGUUCGGAAGCACCUCAGAGAAGGACAUUACCUAUUGUGGUAAGCGCAUCCGCCAAUGGGAUGACGGCCACAUCACCAUCACCAUGGAGGAGUACCACAGCAACCUGAAGACAGUGAACAUUCCUGUGCCUCGCAGAGCCAACCCAGACUCAGACUUGACGGAGAUGGAACGACGUCAACUUCGUGCAAUCCUUGGUUCACUACAAUGGCUGGUUGCUCAACUGCGAUUUGAUUUGGGUUUUCAGCUCAGCACCUUGCAAGGUGAACCGCCGAAGAUCAGCACCCUGAUGAAGGCGAAUCUGCUUGUCAAGCGCUUCAAGCAGGACCCUGACUUUGCCCUGACCUUCAAGCCGAUGGAUUUGAAGGGAGCUGGAAUCAUGGUGGUAACCGAUGCCAGUUUGGGGAAUGUCACCAAAGCUGGCGGAGCUGAAGGAACUGUGUCGGAAAAGGUGUUUAGCCAAAGCGCCUACUACGUCCUCUUAGCCGACAAGGACCUCUUGGCUGGACGAGAAGGAAGCUUCUCAGUGCUGGACGCAAGAAGCCACAGACUUCCUCGAGUAUGCCGCUCUACAUACGGAGCAGAGCUGCUGGGAGCAGAAGAAGCAUUUGAUGUUGGAUGUUUCUGCCGUGGCUGGUGGGCGAUGUUGCAAGGCCUUCCCAUCGAACACAAACGUGCUGAAGAAGUCAUGGACUGCAUUCCUUUGGCAGUCAUCACAGAUGCACGCGAUGUCUACGACAAAGGGUCUUCAGACACACCUUCGUACGGAUCUCAAAAAUCCCUGGCGUUCACAGUGGCCUGGAUUCGUGGAGUCCUUAGCAAACCCAACACCAUGCUCAAGUGGACAUCGACGGAGAACCUCUUCGUGGAUUGCGGGACGAAAGACAUGAGCGCUGAGCAUGUGCAUAAGAUUCUUAGCAGCUGCCGAUGGAGCGUGACCUUCAACCAAGAGUUUGUCAAGCAGAAGCAGAAGACGAAGCCGAAGAAGCUCGCUGGUGGAAGCUGUGAGAGUCUGCUGGUAGGUGUCCUGAUCAAUGUGGCACGCCAUGCAAAGUCUUUCAGAACUCCAGGAACUCAACUCUUCAACUUGUUGGAGAUUGCG